ACUGUCCUUCAACUAAAAAUCCAAAAAGAAGUACAAACAGAAAUCUCUUCAGGUUAUUUGCAGAAAAGCUUCAUACAAAUAAAUAGCUUUUGUUUUCUUGUAGGUAACGUCAUAGUAGUAAGAGAAAGUUGGUGAACUUUUGGCAGUUGUUUUCAAGGAAGAAGCUGAACUGUCAAUUCGAAAUCGUUUUUCCAGUUUACCUAUCGAUUUGAACGUUUUUUUGGUUCAAAUUUUGGUACCUGAGGAAUUUUUGGUAUACGGCGACCCUUUGGUGUUACCGGUGCAGUUUGGAGAGAAGCACCUUAGAUGGGUUCGUCGACUUUUACUAAGGAACUUUGAACAAGUCACAGUGAUUACUACUGGCCAUGGAGGAUAGUGGAAGCAUCACUGAAAUGGUCCUCUCCAAUGGGGAUGCUUAUGUGGGUAGUUUCAAAGGGGUGUUUCCUCAUGGAAAAGGUAAAUACACUUGGUCAGAUGGAUCUGUUUAUGAUGGUUGUUGGGAAGAAGGAAAAAUGUCUGGAGAAGGACGGUUUGUUUGGCCUUCUGGAGCUUCAUAUGAGGGUGAUUUCUCUGGAGGUUACCUCCAUGGUUUUGGAAUAUUUAGUGGAUCUGAUGGCUCAAUAUACAGAGGUGUUUGGAGGAUGAAUACCCAACAUGGAAUAGGAAGAAAGCAGUAUCAGAAUUCUGAUAUUUAUGAUGGUUGUUGGAAAGAGGGAGUACGUGAAGGCAGAGGCCGAUAUGCAUGGAGUAAUGGCAACAUGUAUAUUGGGAACUGGAAAGAUGGGAAAAUGUGUGGUAGAGGUGUUAUGAAAUGGUUCGAUGGAGAUCUUUUUGAUGGAUGUUGGUUGAAUGGUUUAAGACAUGGGUCAGGCUGUUACCGAUUUGCCGAUGGAAGUUACUACUUUGGGGUGUGGACUAAAGGACUAAAAGAUGGACAUGGAAUGUUUUAUCCUGCUGGAAGUAAGCAUCGCUUUCUGAAGAAGUGCAGUGAUAGGUAUGAUGAGAAGAGGAAAAGGCGGCUCUCACACAUUUCAUCCUCUAAUUCAGAGUCUGUGAAACCUAAAGUGAAGCGUAGUUUUUCAGAGAGAAUCUCCUAUAGUUUACUUAGAAGUUCAGGAAGCAUAUCGCAGAGGACUACAUCACUGAGGGAAGACAUUGCCCUCGGUGAUUCCAGUAGAGACAUGAUGACCUGUGAUUCAUCAAGUGUAUUAUCUCAAAGCUCUCUUGAUGACAGAACUGAAUUUCUGGAAACGGGGUCUGUAGCUUAUGAAAGGGAAUACACACAAGGAGUCCUAAUCAAAGAAAGGAUUGUAAAUAUUAGUAGACUAUCUCGCAAAAGUAAACAACGGUGUAAAUUUCACGCGAAAGAAGUAAAGAGGAAGUCAUGUGUGGACUUUCUUGAAGGCCGUAAGAGCUACUAUCUGAUGCUUAAUUUGCAACUUGGUAUCAGAUAUUCUGUUGGUAAGAUCACUCCUGUGCCUAUCCGUGAAGUGAGGCAAUCGGACUUUGGAAAUCAGGCAAGAAUCAAAAUGUACUUUCCCAGGAAGGGCUCUCAAUUUACACCUUCACAUCAUUCCCUUGAUUUUUAUUGGAAGGAUUAUUGCCCUAUGGUUUUCAGAUAUUUGAGAGAGUUGUUCAAGCUGGAUGCUGCAGACUAUAUGAUGUCCAUCUGUGGUGAUGAUGGUCUGAGAGAACUUUCAUCUCCUGGAAAGAGUGGCAGCCUUUUCUAUCUUUCUCGUGAUGAUAGAUUUGUGAUCAAGACUUUAAAGAAGUCUGAGCUCAAGGCUCUGCUCAAGAUGCUUCCUGAUUACUAUAAACAUGUAAAGGAACAUGACAACACACUCAUAACAAAAGUUUUUGGGGUGCACAGGAUAUCAUUGAAACGCGGAAAAAAGGUGCGCUUUGUAGUCAUGGGGAAUAUGUUUUGUACUGAAUUGAGAAUACAUCGCCGGUAUGAUUUAAAAGGUUCUUCUCAUGGGAGAUUUACAAAGAAAGAUCGCGUUGAUGAGACGACUACAUUAAAAGACCUCGAUUUAACAUAUGAGUUUCAUAUGGACAAGUUAUUACGUGAGGCACUUUUCAAACAAUUAUCUUUAGACUGCAGAUUUUUGGAAUCUCAGAACAUUAUAGACUAUAGCCUUCUAUUGGGAUUACAUUUUAGAGCUCCUGAGAAUCUAAUGUCUCUUUUAGAGCCACCUGAUUCUCUGCACAGAGUCGAAACUGAUCCUGAUCACGUUGAAGGUGGGAUAUCUCAGGGGGAGCUCUCAAUUCCGCCAAGGGGUUUGCUUUUAGUAACUCAUGAACCCAGUUCUGUCAAUGAUACACCAGGUCCUCAUGUAAGAGGAAGUACACUGAGAGCCAUGUCCGUUGGUGACCAGGAGGUUGAUCUUCUUUUGCCUGGUACUGGAAGGUUAAGGGUACAAUUAGGUGUAAACAUGCCAGCCCAAGCAAACCAAAAAGUGAUGCAGGAUGAGGCCGCUUCAGUCCAAGUUGAACUCUUUGAGGUAUAUGAUGUUGUUCUAUAUCUCGGAAUAAUCGAUAUACUGCAAGAGUACAACAUGAAAAAGAAACUGGAGCACAGCUACAAAUCGUUGCAAUUUGAUCCCAUGUCAAUCUCUGUAACUGAACCAAAGAUUUAUUCGAAACGGUUCCUCAGUUUCUUGGAAAAAGUGUUCCCCGUUGAACCAUGAAAAGUCU